CUUAAUACACCGAUUGAGCUUUGUAACGCGCCAUUAUAAUUUGGGAGUUCGAGACCCCGUUGGAGGGGUAAAAGUAGAGACAACCUUAUAAAUCUCCCAUUAAAACUUGAGAAAACGAAGUAUAAACAUCUAUCAAAAGCAUUCAAAUAAAAUUUAUUUAAUUAUUAAGUAUAAUCAGAAAACAAACUUUUUAUUUAAAGAUGCCGAAAGUUAAUUGUGCCGUAAUUGGUUGUGCAAAUAGUACAUAUAGGUUGAAAAAAUGGAAAAAAGAAAUAUGCAAUGAACACCAUCAAAAUAUAAGCAGAGAGGAAUGCUCAUUAUGUGAAAAGCCAUUUUUAUUAUACAAAUUUCCAUCAGUAAAUCAGAAAAAUAAAGAAAGACAAUUAUGGGUGAAAGCGUUAAGAAGAGAAUUUAUAAAUAAAACAUUAUGGCAGCCAACAGGUAGUGAUAGGGUAUGCUCUAUGCACUUUGUUGAUGGAAUUCCUUCAACUGCAAACCCUACGCCACAAUUAAGUCUUGGAUAUGGAAUACAAGCUAAUAAAUCUAGAAGAAAAUUAUUAAAACACCCUAUACCAUUAAAAAAGCAAAAACUUGACUGCACUGCAACUACAAGUUGUUCGACUUUUAUGACGCUUGCUUCAGGACAGUCACCUCAUUCUAAUGAUGUUUUAACAGAUUUAUAUGAAGAAAAUAGUUUACCAUUAGCAAAUGUAUCAUUUUUCUCGCCAGUAUCUGAUCAUUCGUAUUGCUCUCUACAAUCAAGUAAAGUUUGCAAAGUAUGUGUUGACAAGAGCAAUUUAAUCGAAUCACUCAUCAGUAAAGUGAACACGUUAACAUUAACUUGCCAAAAAUUAAAGCGUCAAAAGUUAUUUCAUAGUGUUAAAAGUUCAGUAUUUACAUGGAAAAAAAUUAAAACUGAUGCUAAAAUGAACUUUUACACUGGUUUAUCAACAAUCAAAUUAUUUGAGAAUUUGUUUCUACUAAUUAAACCAUAUUUACCAAAUUUAGUUUAUUGGUCUGGUCCAAAAAAGUUUACCAAUUCUAAAAACCAAAAAAAAUAUGCUUCAAUGAAAAAAUUUAAAAAACUAUCACAAAGAGAUGAGUUUUUACUUGUUUUAAUGCGAUUAAGAUUAGGUCUUCUAAAUCAAGACUUAGCUGAUCGUUUUGGCAUAUCCCCAGCAUUGUGUUCUCGUACAUUCACAACUUGGAUUAAAAUGUUAAGUCAAGUUUUAGGACAAGCAUUAGUUGUAUGGCUUCCACGUGAAUCUAUUCGUAACAAUCUGCCACCUGUUUUUGUGAAAGCUGGUUAUCAAAAAUGUAGAGUGAUUCUUGAUUGUGCAGAAGUGUUUAUAGAGCGUUCAAAGUCCCUUGAUAAGCAAUCAAGCACCUGGUCAGAAUAUAAGCAUCAUAAUACAUUUAAAUUUUUAAUAGGUGUUAGUCCAACUGGAUAUAUUACAUUUCUUUCUUCGUGUUAUGGUGGAAGAGCAAGUGAUAGGUUUAUUACAAGAGAUAGUGGUAUAUAUAAUCUACUAGAGAGAGAUGAUGAAGUUAUGGCUGAUCGAGGUUUUCAAAUUCAGGAAGAUUUAAUUUUAAAUUUCUGUACUUUAGUUGUUCCACCUGGUGCCCGCUUGAAAAGUCAAUUAACCACCAAAGAAGUUCAAAAAACUAAACAUGUUGCAAAUCUAAGAAUACAUGUAGAGCGAGCUAUUAACCGAAUUAAAACAUACAGAAUUCUAAAUGGAAGUAUGUCAAUUAGCAUGCUGCAACAUGCAGAUGACAUUUUACUAACAUGUGGUGCACUUUGUAAUUUAAAACCAAAACUGAUAGCAGACCCUAAACCAAAAAUAAGUACUCAUUAAGUAAAUUUUUUGUUGAGUCUUUUUUUAAAAAAAAAGGUUUUUUGUUUUUGUUUUAUUAUUACUUGUACAUGUAUUGUAUUUAUUAAUGUACCUUUGGGUGUUGUUAUUCGGUCUUAUCUCCUCAAUGAUGUAUAAAUGUUCUUAACUUUGCAGGAACUUUUUUUUAUUAAAAUUUAUUAAUUCUUUACAUUAAUAUCUUUAUUAAUAUUUCUAUCUUAUUUAUUAUUAAAGUUAGUUAUUUGUAAGAUAUAUGGUGUGAUAUUUUUUAAUGUUUUCUCCCCUUCUAAUGCAUAAAGUAUUUUAUGAUUUUAACUAUUUUUACUAUAAAACUAUUUUUAUAGAAUCAUAAAAGAUUCUAUUUUUAUAAAACUUUUUUGGUAUGUAACUUGUAGUUUUCCUAUAUUUUUAAAGGCAAUUAAGGAACUAAAAUAAUAUUUUAAAAAGGAGGAAACAAAGGAACUCAAAUAUUAUUGAGGUUGAUCGGUUAAUAGGAGGUAGAAUAAUUUACAUAUAAAUCUCUAUCGCUGUAUUUAGUGGACACAAAACAAAUCUAGUACCUUUUUUUAAAGUUGAAGGAUCUUCAAAUUUAAAAUCAGCUACAGGCAGCAUAAAUUAUAGCAACGACACUGAUUUUCGCAAUAAUGAAAUUAAUUUUUUGGCUUAGACAGUAAUGAAUUUUUUUUAGGGGUUCCAUAAGCAUAUUGUCGAUUAAAAAAAAAUUGAUUUUUUAUAUUUUCUGACUAGGUCAAACCAUGUCCAUAUUUGCCAACUAAAAAUCAAGACUGGGGUGGGGAGAGAUGUUUCACCUCAGCGGAGGCGGAGCGUUUUUAAAAGUGGGGCAGGGGAGGGGGAAGCAUUCCAAUUUCGCCCCUCCCUUCUCCGAAUGUUUUAGGAGCAGCCGUGGUGCAGUAGUCAGUUUGCUUACUUUAGAGGUUAGAAAUAAAGUUAAUCUUAAAAAAUCUUUGUUUCUGUUAAUUUAAAAAAGUUCAGGGGGCUAAUAACAAGGUUCUUUGACUAAAUUUUGAGUUUCAUUUCACAAAUAUUAUUGUCAUUGUAUGACAUCAGGGUAAAAAUAAUCUGAAAAAUAUCUUUAAAGUUAAGGAGGAGGCAAAAGCUACUUAAAUGAAUAGUGUGAGGUUGCGCAUGGCCCUCUCCACUAUCACUUACGCCGCCGCUGUUACGCCCUCUAUCGCCGGUUCUGACUUCUUCAACUGUUACUACUACUUUGGGUGUUGAGGGGUAGAUGCCUUCACUUACAAAAUUCGUUAUUUUUUUUCAAAAUUUGUUAUUUCUUUUCAAAAAUUGUUAAUUUUUAAAACAAAACGUAAAAUCUCAAAAAGUAAAAAUACGAACCUACAAUAGCAGUAUUUUACUUAUUACCUUUUGACCGUAUAAAUUUUAUGAAA